CAGCUACCUUGGUUUCUUUUAGACAUGCAAAGACAGACCAAGCAACCAUGGACGUGUUUUCUGAGAGAAAAGUUUCGUCCUGUCUGUUUUCACCUGCUUCAGAAGUGGUACAAGCAGGUGGUCACAACCAUGCUGCUCUCCACAGCAUCCCAAACUCAGUGUGCAAAGGGAUGACUGUGAAGUACAGAAACCGCGGGAAAAAAUCUGGCGGGAAAACGACGUAUCGGCACGUGCCGCAUAGAGAGAAACCGCCACAUCUUGUGGCGCGACGUAAUGCCAGAGAACGCAGACGUGUAGAAGCCGUCAAUGAAGCAUUUCAGAGAUUACGGAAAAGGGUGACAGGAGAAGUCAAACAAAAACGUUUGUCCAAAGUCCGAACCCUUCGAGUAGCCAUUGAUUAUAUCAACAAAUUACAGAGGAUGAUAAUGGAACAUGACCAGGAAGUAUGUGACAGACACUGUCGAGGUACUCCUCGGCGGGAAAGAAGAAGACAAAGUGAGGAAGCCGAUUCUGUGUCCUUCUCCGCUGGAGCAGUUUUGUUUGACAUCUGUAACACGGAGGAUAACAACUUAGGAUAUCAGACCACUAAUGCACGUGAAGAUGAUCCAUAUUUUCCAGAGUAUGGAUCUCUGGGAAUGAAAGAAAUCAGCGUUCUACCCGACUUAUAAAUGAACAGUGGCACGUCAGCGAGUUAUCUCCCGUUCCCUACAAUUGGUUCGCCAAGUUCAUCUGGAGUAUCAACAAUUUAAUUUUCCCCCUCAAAAACAUCAUGUGUUCAUAGUGGCGAAGA